AUGAUCUCGCGAAAUCGCAGCAAAGCAGCAUCUAACGGCAGAGAGAGCAUCAUCAUUCCCUCUACCAUGAGAGGUGCUUGCUUAACCAAGCUCGUAUGGUCGUUGCUAUGUGGCGGUGCAGGGCUCGGCUCAUCGUUGCUAUGUGGCGGUGGAGGACUUGCUCUCGGGAAGAAACAAAUCGGCAUCAGUGGAUCUGCUGGCGCCGAGCAGCUUGGUGGUGCGGUAAGUGCACAGGUGUGA